AUGUCGUGGAGCGGACCUGUGACGGGUGCGACGCCUUUCCAGCAACAAUCAUAUGCCAACGGUCAGCCAUAUGGCCAGCACCCACCCUAUCAAUACGGACAGCAACCAGGACAGCAGCCAGGAUACGGACAAUAUCAGCCAGGAGCGGCUUACCCGCCAGCCGGCCCACCCCACCGGGCUCCUCAUGUUCAGCCGCCAAAGAAAAAGGGAAAUCCUAUAAUUACCCGGUAUCCUCCUCCCCCAGGCUACCGUGGACCGGCGCAGCCUCAGGGUCCUUUUGGCUCCAAUCAGUUUCCCAAUCAGUAUCAACCGCCGCAGCCAGCAUUUUCACAGGCACAAGCAGCACCUCCAACUUACCCACAGCAAGGUUACACUGCUCCUGCUGCGCACCAAAACUAUUCUGCCCAAGGUUCUGGCCAGCCGCCGCCUCAAGCCUCCAACUAUCCACAGCCCUCGUAUCCACAAGCACAACCUAACUAUCAAUGGCCACAACCAGGUUACCCAUCAAACCCAGGCUACUCGCAGCCUCUGAACCAGCCCUAUGCACCACCUCAGAGCCACUAUCAAGGCUAUCAACCCCAGCAUCAAGCUGCUAAUCCCAACCAGCAGGUUUACGGCCAGAAUUCAGCGUGGUCGCAACAGCAUGCGCAAGCAUCUUAUCAGCCGAACCAAUACAGCUUAAGCAACGGACUACCCCACGAUGCUCACCCUGCGCCAGAUCCUCAUGCCACGCCAACUCAAGCGACUGUUCAUCUUAACACAGCCCAUCCUCUUCCACCAUCUAACCAGUCAACCAGUGCUGUAAGUGAGGAAAGUUCGAGCGAGAAGCCACAACUAUUUCUUGCCUGGGACGAUUGGGAUUUCGACUUCGAUGGUGCGAUAUGGCCGAAGAGUAAUGAACCUGUCGAUCCGGCGUUGAGUCUCGGAGUCAUUAUCUGGCACCCCGCAAAGCAGGUGACACGUGCAUUACCCUCAACCUUCGCCGAGGCCGAGGCAGAAGCUCUGAAACCCACGCCGGAGAAACUGGACAACGGAGAUUCAGUGUCCAUGUACUUCACAGCUGACAACUCGCAUGAGGCCUUCUUGAACGUUAGACAGACGGAUGAGUGGGAAACACUCAAGGACGACCCAGUCUUUGUCGAGUUCACAGAUGAGGAGAUGCGAUCAAAUCUAGUCUCAUUAGAGGACUGCAUUGCCCAGCGAGACCGUCCAGACGAAUUAUACAAGGAGGCACGACAGGACGAAGAUCUAGAGAUGCGCGACGCUACAUGGGACAUCAUGGAUAACCUCGAGCAAGCACUUGCUACUAACAAUGGAGUCGCAAAACCAACUGCCAUGAAAUCUGAGACAGCUUCUCCUCAACAGCUAAGCCAGGAAGACAUUCUUGCUAAGUUGGGUGUGACUGGGACUCCGAAGCCACCAUCGAAUGAGCCGAUCUCAUUACCGUUGUCAGCCUCUGAUUCGAAGCCCCCUGCAUCGCUUCCAGGGAAGCCAUCGUUGGCUCCUCCUGCAAUGACUACCGAGCCUGUUCUUCCACCACAACGUGCGCAAUCUUUUGGAGGGCACCGUAACAAUGGGCAUGGACCUCCGCCUCCUCGGCCCUAUGGUUCUAUGUCCUCUUCCGCCAACUCAAGGCCUCCUCCGCCACCUCCACCCCCUGAAGAACAGCGGUACGAUCCUUGGAAUGCGCCUCAGCGUAGUGGCCAUGGCCUUGAUGGCUCUAGGGGCAGCCCAGCGCCCUCCGAAGGAAGCAACCAUACAAUGGCAGGGUCUGACUUUGAACCCGAAAACCUCGACAGCGGGACACAGCAAGACACGCCGGCUGCACCCUCACUCGGUCAAGGCGAUAGCUCCAUCUCUCGGAAGAGGAGCUACGAGGAUGCCGAUCAUGAGCAUGAGCGUUUGCGGCAGCAAGAGGACCACAGCAAACGGAAGAGGCGCUCUCAGGUUGACGCCGCAUAUAGGUAA